UACGUCAUUAAACUUUUAUCCAAUAUACGUUUCCUUAUACGGAAAACCGCGACUUCUUAUCGUUUUAUCGACAUUUCAGAUAGAAGAAAACCCCUAGAAGCCACCAGAGGAACAAUUCGAGCGCAAACCAGGCCGAUUACGCCGGAAAAAUGUCGUUUUCACCCAAGAGCAUUUACGCGGCCCUGCCGAGGACGCAGCGCGGCCAACCGCUGGUUUUGGGCGGCGACCCCAAGGGCAAGAACUUCCUCUACACCAACGGCAACUCCGUCAUAAUCAGGAACAUCGAGAAUCCAUCGAUAUCGGACGUUUAUACGGAGCAUUCUUGCCAAGUCAACGUUGCCAAAUACUCGCCGAGCGGCUUCUACAUAGCCUCUGGAGAUCAAUCGGGCAAGGUGCGCAUCUGGGACACCGUCAACAAGGAGCACAUCCUGAAGAACGAGUUCCAUCCGAUCGGCGGCCCCAUCAAGGACAUCGCCUGGUCGCCGGACAACCAACGAAUGGUGGUGGUGGGCGAGGGGCGGGAGCGCUUCGGGCACGUGUUCAUGUCCGAAACGGGCACCUCCGUGGGCGAGAUAUCGGGCCAAUCGAAGCCGAUCAAUUCGUGCGAUUUCCGCCCUAGCCGACCCUUCAGGGUGAUCACCGGCUCCGAGGACAACACCAUCGGCGUGUUCGAAGGGCCGCCGUUCAAGUUCAAACUCACCAAACAGGAUCACUCGAGGUUCGUACAGGCGGUGCGGUAUUCCCCCAAAGGGGAGUUGUUCGCUUCGGCCGGUUUCGAUGGGAAAAUAUACAUUUACGAUGGUACGUCUUCGGAAUUGGUGGGCGAAGUGGGCAGCCCUGCCCAUUCGGGCGGCGUUUACGCCCUAUCGUGGAGCCCCGACGGUAAACAAUUGUUAUCGGCAAGCGGUGAUAAGACAGCGAAAUUGUGGGACGUCGAAACCCGACAAAUCGUAUCGGAAUUCGUGUUGGGAAACACCGUAGAAGAUCAACAGGUGUCCUGUCUAUGGCAAGGCGACCAUCUUCUCACCGUCUCGCUGAGCGGCUUCAUAAACUACUUGAACGUCGACGAUCCGUCGAAGCCCAUAAGGGUGAUCAAAGGCCACAACAAACCGAUCACGGCGUUGACGUUGAGCGAGGACAGAUCGUCGAUAUUCACGGCCUCGCACGACGGCAACGUGACGACGUGGGAGGCCGAAACGGGAGCGAACGAUCGCGUAGAAGGCCUGGGGCACGGGAAUCAGGUGAACGGGAUGAGGGCGUUCGACGGGACGUUGUACACGUGCGGCAUCGACGACAGCUUGAGGCAGAUCGAUAUCGAAGGUAAAACGUACAAACCGGCGAAUUUGAAAUUGGGCUCUCAACCGAGAGGAAUGGACAUUUGCAAAGAGCGAAAUCUCAUCGUAUCGGCGAGCGUCAACGAAAUAACAGUAUCGAAAGAUAACGUGAAAGUGUCAUCGUUGAAAAUCGAUUACGAACCAACUAGCGUCAGUUGUUCUUCCAAAGGUCAAGUGGCCGUAGGCGGUAACGUGGAUAGCAAAUUGCACGUGUACGAAUUCGAAGGGGACGGCGAUUUGCGGCAAUUGCACGAAUUGCAACAUUUGGGUCCCGUCACCGACGUGGCCUAUUCCCCUGACGAUAAAUAUCUAGUGGCCUGCGACGCCCACAGGAAGGUCGUUUUGUACGAAACCGAAGAGUAUAAGUUGGCCAAUAACAAGGAAUGGGGUUUCCACAAUGCCAAAGUGAAUUGCGUGGCUUGGUCGCCGGAUUCCCAAUUAGUGGCGAGCGGUAGCCUCGAUACGAGCAUCAUCAUUUGGCAGGUGGACAAACCGGCCAAGCACAUCAUCAUCAAAAAUGCGCAUGCUCAAAGCCAAGUGACAAGAUUAUCUUGGGUAGACAAUACAACUCUAGUCUCAGUAGGCCAAGACUGCAACACCAAAUUAUGGACGAUUACUCCCUUCUAAUUUAUUUAUUUGAUAAUUAAUCGAUUAUUCAAUUUGUUAUUUCUUUUUUUUUUCUCUCAAAAACUAACCGAUUUGAGUAUUUUACGCCUAGUAUUUUUUUUUUCGUAAUUUUUAGGUUUAUAAAAAGUUUACUAAUUAUUUAUUUUUUCAAUUUUCUUUAUGUUUUCGAGCAUAUUUGCAUUUAUUAUAAUAAAUAAUCAUUUUAGUGUUUUUUUUUU